AUGUUAAGACGUCGUCUCACACUAACUGUGACCGCGAUCAGCCUCCCAGUUAGUGUGAGAUGUCCAGCACCUCACCCGCAUGAGAGUCGACUCUGUGCGGGCUUCAACCGCCUGAGGAUGCUGUCGAGCGGGAAUGGGCCGGUGGCGUUCGUGGAGUUCGCGACUACAAGGGACGCGGCCGCAGCCCGAGCGUCCCUCCAAGGCGCCCUCCUCCUCAGCUCGGAGACAGCCCUCCAGCUGGAGUACGCGCGCCACAAGUCUCCGCACACCUGGAUACUAGCAUAUGAAGUAUGCACGAUACCUCACGGAUUCAUAUAA